GAUCAAGUACAUUUUUAUUUUCCCUUUGCCGGUUUUCUAAGAUUAAAGACCUCAAUGUGUAAGGGACUCUCCUCCCUGCCCUCCUCAUGCCUGGAGAAGGCAAAAGAGAUGCGGGUGAAGUUAAGCCAUCUGGCCGAGACACACCACAAGCACAAGGUUCAUGAUGGGAAAACUCUUCAGGACCUGGAAACUCUACUAAACAACAAAAUUGGUCUGCAGGCAUUUCAUGGGUUCCUGCGUUCAGAGUUCAGUGAGGAGAACCUCGAGUUCUGGCUGGCCUGUGAGGACUACAGGGUUUCGCCCUCAGACCUGCAGAGGGCCAAGGCCAGCAGCAUCUACAGCCAGUUCAUCAACCCUGAUGCUCCCCAGGAGGUAAACCUGGAUGCUGAAACCCGCGAGGCUCUGUUGAGUGUGAUGGACUCUCCAUGUGCUGACACGUUCAAGAAGGCACAGCAGAGGAUCUACAGCCUUAUGGCCAAAGACUCCUACCCUCGCUUCCUGCGCUCCCAUCACUGCAUGGAGGCCAUUAAGGCUUUCUAAACAUACAGUCCACCGUUUAUUACCACAAACCUGCUUUAGAAAUAAGUGCUGAUGGAUUUGUAUUGCUGGACAUGUUGAUUGUAUUUUAUCAUUUAUUUUAACAGCUAGCUUGUUUUUUGAUUUGUCUUUCGUAUGGUAGUACUGUCCUUGUGCACUGUAUCCAGGAUGCAUGCUGUUACUAUUAUGACACUGAGUUGUCGGCAUAGUUAAAAAGUCUAACAGAGAAACCUCAUAAUUAUGAAAUGUAGAUACAACUACACUGAGCCUCUGGACUACA